CGCUGUGGCUGUACCAUCGUGUACAUCAUGUGGCAUCCAACGCUUGCGAUCUUUUGAUAACUGAUAACGAAAUAUGUGCUGCAACAACUCCAUAAGAUGCUGGAAAAAAUUUUGAAACUACCGUGAAGACCAACAAAAUGGAAUGCGAGUUUCAGUAUUUUUAUAUAAUACUCGCUUUGGCCCUACUCUUUGCUCCUCACAAGUCGCAAUGCCUGAAGAUGGUACAGGUGAGAGUACCAGCUUACAAACUGAAGGGAGAAUCAGCAGUCCUGGAAUGUCUUUAUGAACUGGAAGGCUUUGAGAAGCUCUACACCGUCAAGUGGUAUAAGGAGAACGAAGAAUUCUACAGAUACGUGCCUAAGUACAAACCAUCACAAAUAUCGUACAGAGUGGAGGGGAUCAAGAUUGACCACCAGCAGUCCAACGACACCAGAGUCACUCUCAAGACGGUGACACUGAAGACCUCGGCGAUGUACAGGUGUGAGGUGAGCGCCGAGGCCCCGAGCUUCUCCAGCGACCAGGGCUCGGGCCGCCUUGAGGUCGUCGUGCUGCCAACCAACGGCCCUCACAUCACUGGAGAGAGGAACAAUUACCUGGUUGGUGACGUCAUCAACCUGACUUGUACUUCUGGUAAAUCCUACCCUCCAUCGGAACUACGUUGGCUUGUCAACGACCAAGAGGUCAACGGUGAUUACCUGGUUCCGCGGCCUCCACUAACCCACCCCCACGGACUGGUGACGACGUCUCUAGGGCUCCGCCUGCCCGCGGCACCCCGUCACUUCCUGGGCGGCCAGAUGAAGCUACGCUGCGUGGCCGCCGUCUCCCCCGUCCUCUGGCAGGGUGAUAUGGAGAGUGUGGUCGAGACUCCUCUGGUAGUCAACCGGGAGGCGAUGUUGCUGGUGCGAAGCUCGGCACCCAUACAAGGGAUUUCGCCCAUCGUUUUAACAAUAUGUUUACUAUUGUACAACACAUGAUUAUUUUAUCUCUCUGACCGAACAAUUGUAAAUAAAUUUCCUUAAUUAAAAACAAGUAGUUAAGUAACAGAAUAUUUUUACGGUUGAGAUGCUAUUUGUAAUGUUUGUAAUUUAUCUGCAAGUUUUUCAUGUAGAGUUAUAAUCAAAAUAAAUCAAUAAAGCCUUAAUAUCAUAUGUAUCUACAACAUAAGUAGGUUUAAGGAUGAUGUGGAA